AUGAUCAUUACCGGAGACUCGGAGCGGAUGGCAGAAGAGUUCGGGUAUCCAGGUGGUGGACUGAAGCAGAUGCUGGAUGCCAUGGAAGUCCCAAGUCAUGCUAGACACCUUCUCUUGCAACUAAACACGCAACGCACCAAGGGCUUCUUGUGUGAUGUCAUAAUAGUGGUGCAAAAUGCUCUAUUUCGUGCUCAUAAGAACAUCCUGGCUGCCAGUAGCCUCUACCUUAAGUCCCUUGUUGUCCAUGACAACCUUAUUAACCUGGACCAUGAGAUGGUGAGUCCAGGUGUCUUCCGAGUCAUCCUUGACUAUAUCUAUACAGGACGUUUAAGUGAAAGUGACCCCACUUCUCCCACAGAGCCCAACAUAGGGGCAGUACUGGCAGCUGCCAGCUAUUUGCAGUUGCUGGACUUGGUGGCCCUGUGCAAGAAAAAACUUAAGAGGAAUGGAAAAUAUCACUUACAACGCACACCAGGGUUUUUGCCCAGUGGGGUGUUUAGGGGACGUCUGCAGGUGUCCACUCCAGUAAUCCAGCCUUGCUUUCCUGGUGCACCACGAGGCCCAAUGUUGGAGGACCUACCCCCUCACCUCCUGGCCCCACAUCUAGGAGAGAUUUAUGCACCGAUACCCACACAGGGCCCACAGCCAUUCUCUCAUACUCAAGCAGCCAUGCCACCACAGUCAGGUCUACACCUUUCCUCUGCUGAAAGAAACUGCUCACCUAUAUAUGGCCUGGACCUGUCCAAGAAGAGUCCUAGCUCCCAGCAUAAUCUGAGUCACCCCAAUGAAGAGCAAGAGGGAGAAAUGAGCCAACACACAAGCCCCCUGAUUAGUCCAAUUGAUGGUUCUGGUAAAACGGAAGCUGUGCACCAUGCUGGCUCUCUCACUCCACGGUCUUUUUCCCUCCUCAACCCCAUACCCCACCUCCCACACCUGCAGCGAUCAAGCUCUCAGGGCCAGGAGACUUACCCUUGCCCUCCCAGCCCAGAACAUGCUGAAGAACCCGGAGAACGCAUCAGGGAUGGCUCUAGCAUUUACAGAUGGGUGAAGAAUGAACCAUUAACCUACACUGUGGAGGAUGAAGAUGAGGAUGAUGAUGAAGAGGACAGUGGGGGCAUGGGUGAACAGGAUAAAGAGUCACACCACCAGCAUAUAAAUCACCACAAAAAUGGUGAGGAGAAGUUAAACAUUAGAGAAGGAGGCUAUGAUAGACCAGUAAACUGUGAUGGAGAGGAUGAGAAUGGAACAGGCAGUGAGGAAACGGGCAGCAGUGAGGGCAGGCCAUCUCCCCCAGGAGCCCGUGGAAGGUAUAUGCCCUAUGAACCAGAGAGUUUUGGAGAUAAUUUGUAUGUGUGCAUACCUUGUGACAAAGGCUUCCCCAGCUCUGAGCAACUAAAUGCUCAUGUGGAGACCCAUGCAGAAGAGGACCUUAACCACGGGGGAGAGCUAGACAGCAGCAACAGCAAUGGCACUGACAAACCCCGCAACACCAAUGGACCUGGAAGCCUUAACAGUACAAACAGCCUUCACAGCUCCUUUCUGGAAAAUAAAACAGGGCACAAUCUCCAUCCUAUAGGAAUUGGGGAAAUUAUGCGCCCUUAUCGCUGUGCUUCUUGUGACAAGACCUACAAAGAUCCAGCCACCCUUCGGCAGCAUGAGAAAACCCACUGGCUGACCCGUCCAUACCCCUGCAGCAUAUGUGGAAAGAAGUUCACGCAGCGUGGCACUAUGACCCGUCACAUGCGCAGCCACCUGGGUCUAAAGCCUUUUGCCUGCGAUGCGUGUGGCAUGCGCUUUACUCGUCAGUACAGGCUCACUGAGCACAUGCGCAUUCAUUCUGGAGAAAAGCCCUAUGAAUGCCAGGUGUGUGGUGGCAAAUUUGCUCAGCAGAGGAACCUUAUUAGUCACAUGAAGAUGCACAGCACUGGAGGGGCUGGCGGGGGGCUUCUAUCUGAUGGUAAGCUGAAGAUGGACUUUUCAGAGGGCAUAUUUCCCCUAAGUAAGUAUGCAGCUGAACAACUGGGUCUAAAACAAGAAAAGGCUUCAGAGUUUCUUGCACAGGCUUCCCAGCAGCUACUGGCAGAUGCCAAGGCCAUAGAAAGCCUUUACCCACUGUCCAAACUUACUGCAGAGCACUUCGGCCUCUCCCACGACAAGAUGGAUGUCCUGCCACUGCCACCCGCCUCACAACAGCUCCCUGCAGAAGCACGUACCAUUGACCGAUACUCCCCCAGCUAGAGAGGGGGCCACCAAAUCUGUCUUUUAGCAGCAAGACUUAACUGGUCAUGUUGAGACACAUAACUGUAUGUUGCCCACAGUAUUUGAACCUUCACCUCAACUCUGACUAAACCUUGAGAUACAGGAAGACAUAGACUGUCUACUACAAAAU